UCGGAUUGGGACAGUUGGGAUUUAUCAGCCUGUGUUCCGGGCUAAUAACGGCCUCUCAUUUCCAUCUGUUCCCGGCUCUUUCUCUUUGGACCUUUCCCCGCUCACACCUCCCGCAGAGCUCGUCUCUCUCUCCGGUACCAGCUCAGAUGGCGGAACGCAUCGGGUACAUCAGCCGCGUCCAGAGCUUCAGCGCCUGUCACCGACUCCACAGUCCUGCCCUGAGCGACGAGGAGAAUAAGAAGGUGUACGGGAAAUGCAACAACCCCAACGGACAUGGACACAACUACAAAGUGGAGGUGACUGUACGAGGGAAGAUUGACGCUAAGACUGGCAUGGUCAUGAACCUGACAGACCUGAAGAGAUGCAUCGAGGAUGUGAUCAUGACUCCACUGGACCAUAAAAAUCUCGACAAGGAUGUUCCAUAUUUUGCCACAGUUGUCAGUACCACGGAGAACUUGGCGGUGUACAUCUGGGACCACAUGGUGAAGGAGCUGCCUGAGGGCCUGCUGUAUGAAGUCAAGAUCCAUGAGACGGACAAGAACAUCGUGGUCUACAGGGGGGAGUAGGCCUGAGACUCUCAACACUACCAUCAAUAACUGAGAUCAGAAAGGAAAGGGGUGAUGUUGUAGAGACGGUUUCAGUGGUGGUCAUCUGGGCUGUUUCUACGAUUAAGACGUUUGAGCUUCCGUCCAGAAGCUGAAGGGAGGAGGCUGGAGUUGGACUUGGAGGAGGAAAUAUUUGCAGUGGUUCAAGUCUGUUCCUUUAUUUUAAAAUGUCUUCUGGAUGGGAGCAGAAACAUCAUGAAAAGAGUCUAGAUGAAGAUGAAUGAAUGAAGGAUUACAUUAUUCAAAAUCCAGUAUUUAAAAAAAUAUAUAUUUAUACCUUGCAAUGGUGUCUUGAAGGGGUGUUUUUCAUGUAUGUCUAUGGCAGAAUGUUCAGCUGUUACAAUGAUCUUGAUCACAAAAACGACUCGAGAGUCCAGACGACCACCAAUGAAACCUUCUACAAUGAACCGCUCCUGGACAAAUGAAGGAUCUUACUUGAAUAAUAGUUUAAAGGUGCACUACAGAACUUUACUGGUCUCACACUGGCUUGUCUUGUAGCAGCUGAUUUACUUUUAAUUCAAAGGUGUUUUUCUGGCUUAAAAAAAAAGUAUUUGUCGCUGUGGUGGAGUUUUAGAUUUAAAGCCAUACUGUAGACUAUUCCGGACAACUCUAUGGAGACAAGCCAAUGGCAGACCGCCCAUCAGAAAAGUUACGUAAUGCACCUUUUAAAGAUUUUCCUAAAAAAUCUUUGGCCAUUUUUUCAGGUUUAAAGCUUCACUUCCUGGAAAUUGUGACAUCACUCAUUGCCUUUAUUUUCUUGAAAUAUGUUUUUUUUAAUAAUCAGAAAAACUUUAUUUCUUGUGUAAAUUAACUUUUGGAUAGACAUUUUUCUAAUGUGCUGUCAUCAAUAUGGUGAACUUUCUACAUCCUGUAAUUUUCAAUAUAUUUUUAAACUUUUUCUAAAAUUAUCAUUUAUAUUUAUUAAUAUAUCAGGUAUUAUGCCACCAAAUUAAGUCAAAAUCAGAGAAUCACAAACAUCUCAUAUGCACUUUAAUGAUUAAACAUACCAUGGAUUUAGGUUAGACUAUUUAAGUCAACGAGCAGGCUCGCAUCUCCACAACUUCAAGGGUUGUGGGAGGGGACAGGUGAAGCUGACAAUCAAAGUAGUAUUUUUUGACAUUUUAUUAAAGAGGGGGUAUUAUGCAAAAUUGACUCUUUAGUUUCUACCUGUGCUGUAACAUUGUUCCCUCAUCAAAAACAUGUCUGAAGAGGUUUUAUAUGUCACCCAUGCAUGUCUGAGUAAUUUUUGCGAUCUCUCUCAGCUCUAUUCAAACCAUCUUUACGGUUUGCUGUAAGAUUCUGUACAAGGCUCCGCCCACAAACCUACAUCACCCAUGCUCCCACACGACAGCUGCUCUUUAAAGGAAUUUUUCAAAGUAUAGAAGUACCACUUUUCUUUAUUUUCUUGACCCUCAGUGAGUCUGAUGUUGUUUAAAUGAAACAAAUGAAUACGUAAUUGUCUUUUCUACAACUGAUUUCUGUGUAUAUGUGAAUGUGCAGUAUUUAUACGUUUUCCAACCAAAAGCGACUCUUAAGCUGUGAUGUCCAUGUUUACUGCUGUCUUUUUGAUACAAUAAAACUGGUAUCUGUGAAAAAA